AUGACCCAGAAACACAGCCCCCAGGCCCAGCCCAGCCCCGUAGCCAACCAGCCAAGCCAAGGUAUAUCCCAGCUGGGUCAGGCACCGGGCCAGACAACCACCACCCAGGCAGGCCCAGCAACACCACCCGCUCCAGCCCAGCCAGGCCAAGUACCAGCAGCAGCCACACAGCCUACCCCAGGAGCAGGCGCCCAGCCCAGCCCAGCAGGGGCCCAGCCACCCGGCCAUCCUCCCCCGCUCUAUCUCCACGACAACAGGUAUUUAUGGUAGAGAUGGAGGAAUGCUUGACGCUAUCUGUCAGUGUCAGUCAUUACGGUCACCAGUCACAACUACAGUUAAGAGGAUGCUUUUCCUGUGCCAUUUGGGAAUGACAGAGAUAUUACAUUGCAUUUUGUGUGUGUGUGAGCGGGUGUGGCGAGCGUGAGUCUGCGUGCGUGCAUGCAUUUCCAAUUAGCGAGAGCGUGGACUUGGGUUGUAUGUGUGCAGGGUAGACGGACGUAUGCUAAGAUUGUGGAUGUUUGUAUACAUUUACGGAUGUGUGUGUGUUAUUUAAGUGGGCUUCAGCGGUUUAAGUCUCUCUUUCUCUCUCUCUCUGCUCUGUUGCGCAACACACCACUUAUCUCUGACGGCAAAGUGAAUAAUUUACCUUUAGAUAUCCUCUGUAUAAUACAUGGUGCCCAGCCGGAGGGCUUAUGUUCCCUGUCACACCCAGAGAGAGAGCUGCCUCCGUGAAGGGUUCUUGUGUGUGUGUGCCUGUGUGUGUGUGUGCUUGUGUGUAUGUCACACCCAAAGAGAGAGCUGCCUUUAUGAAGUGUGUUUGUGGGUUUAUACCUCCUGAAUAAAAGUGAAAGCUCUAUGAACAUUUUAGCAAAGGGGAAUGAUAUUGCCUUUACCUUGUGAUUCACCCAGACAGCAAACAUACAAAGUAAUCCCUACACACCUCAGACCACGGCAUAGCUACACCCAACACAUCAUGCCAAUAGUCACAGCGCUGAUCUGGGUUUGAAUCACCUGAACUCAACAUCUUAUUUAUUACUUCUGUUUAUUGUGAUGACUGAGGAAAACAGGACUGUUUAAGGAAGGAAAAUUAUUAAGUUCUUGCUGCUGGCCUUGGCAAUGAUGAGUGUGUGUGUGCGCAUGUGUGCGCGUGCGCACUUGCAUUACAUUGGGAAUAUGGUGCCAUUUGGGAUCACACUCUUUUUCAACCUCAUAUUUGUCUGUUGUCCAUAGGUCAGAGGUGAAAGCCAGGCAGGACGUGAAACCGGACAUCCGCCAGCCUCCAUUCACCGACUACCAGCAGCCCCCCAUCGACUACCGGCACCCUCCUGUGGCUGAUUACCGGCAGCCGCCCACUCUGGACUACCUGCACCCUCCUCCCCUCAUCGACUACAGACAACACUCGACAACCCUUGCUGCACAGUUCCCUCUAGCACAGUUUCCCCCAGACUUCAGACCACAGGUAAGCCUGCACAUCCCAUAAACCACUACUACGGUACACACCACAUGUACGACUACAUACCCCAGAAUUCCCUAGUACAAACAACACUCAAAAGCUGCACAGCUUUCACUGGUGCAGUUCCACCCGGACUUCAGACCACAGAUAAGACUGCAUAUCCUAGAAUCCCCUACUAAACAUCACAGUUGAGACUACAUAUCCGAGAAUCCCCUAUUUCAGAAAAAACUCAGUGGACAGACAGUUCCCUUUAGGGCAGUUCCCCCAGACUUCAGACCACAGGUAAGUCUGUGCAUCCCAGAAUCCUCUACUGGACACCACAGGUAAGACAACAUACCCAGAAUCCCAUAUUACAGACAGCAUGUAAAACUACACAUCCCAGACUAGAGACAGGUUAUAGGUUGGCUAUAUAUUUUAUGACUGUUGCUUCUUGGUUGUGUGUUGUGCACAGGACUUUGACUACUUCACGGUAGAGCUGGAGAAGAGUGUGAAGGGUUUUGGCUUCAGUCUCCGUGGGGGACGGGAGUACAAGAUGGAUCUGUUUGUUUUGCGGCUCGCUGAGGACGGGCCAGCCAUCCGCAAUGGCAGAAUGAGGGUGAGGGACAGCACUUCCUGUCCUGACUGCAACGCAGUAACAUUAUUUUCCAACCCAAUAGUGAUGCAGUACUUCAUACAGUUUGACCUCUCUCUUUUGCUCUCUCUCAGGUGGGGGAUCAAAUCAUUGAGAUAAAUGGGGACAGUACUCGGGACAUGACUCAUGCCCGGGCCAUCGAGUUGAUCAAGGCGGGGUGCAGGCGGGUGAGACUGUUGCUGAAGAGAGGCACGGGACAGGUGCCUGAGUAUGGUGGGUCUCCCCCAAAUAAACCUCCAUCUUUAUUUUUCUCUCUUUUUCCCUCUAUCGCUUUAUAAUUUUUCUCUCUCUUUGAUUAUAUCUUUCUCUCUCAAUCUUUCUUUUUGGUUGACUAUCUCUCUCUUUUGCUAGUUUUUUUUUAUUUCUCUCUUGUUCCCUUUCAUCAUCGCUCACUCUCUCUUUCUCUGUUUCUCUCUCUUUCUCUCUCUCUCAAUUUCAAUUCAAUUCAAAGGGCUUUAUUGGCAUGGGAAACAUAUGUUUACAUUUGUGAAAUAUAUAAUAAACAAAAGUGAAAUAAACAAUAAAAAAUGAACAGUAAACAUUACACUCACAAAAGUUCCAAAGGAAUAUAGACAUUUCAAAUGUGAUAUUAUGGCUAUAUACAGUGUUGUAACGAUGUGCAAAUAGUUGCAGUACAAAAGGGUAAAUAAAUAAACAUAAAUAUGGGUUGUAUUUACAAUGGUGUUUGUUCUUCACUGGUUGCCCUUUUCUUGUGACAACAGGUCACACAUAUUGCUGCUGUGAUGGCACACUGUGGUAUUUCACCCAAUAGAUAUGGGAGUUAAUCAAAAUUGGAUUUGUUUUCGAAUUCUUUGUGGGUCUGUGUAAUCUGAGGGAAAUAUGUGACCGAACCAGCUUGAUUCUGUGAUGAGUGUGAUAGAAGGAGUCAGGUGCAGGAGGGUAAAUCACCGAAUCCAGAGUUUAUUCCAUCGUACAUAAAUAGCACUGGAUAGCGACAAGCGAAACAGGCACAGGGGAAAUAUCUACCCCGGCAAUAAUAAGGUACAAGUAGCUCCACCGAGCUACACUACUCUCGAAAUAUAAACAAUCACCCACAAGGACAAGGGGGGCAUAGGGAACACUUAUACACGGACUAAUGAGGGAUAAGAACCAGGUUUGUGUGUGAUUGACAAGACAAGACAAAUGGAAUGAUGAAUAAUGGAGCGGCAGUGGCUCCAGAAGCGCGCCGACCCCGGCCUCGGGGACGGCCAGGAGGAUGCAGAGCAGUGCGAGCCGGAUGGUGACGGUGGAAAUCCCGCAACAGGGAGGGAUCGAGGAUAUCCCUCACCGGGACCCAGCACCGUUCCUCCGGACCGUACCCCUCCCACUCCACGAGGUACUGAAGGCCCCCCACCCGACGCCUCGAAUCCAGGAUGGAACGGACAGAGUACGCCGGGGUCCCCUCGAUAUCCAGAGGAGGUGGAGGAACCUCCCGCACCUCAGACUCCUGGAGCGGACCAACCAUCACCGGCCUGAGGAGAGACACAUGAAACGAGGGGUUAAUACGGUAAUCAGGGGGAAGUAAUAACCUAUAAGUGACCUCGUUGAUUCUCCUCAGGACUUUGAACGGCCCUAUAAUUCGCAGGCUCAGCUUCCGGCAGGGCAUGCGGAGGGGCAGAUUCCGGGUCGAGAGCCAGACCAGAUCCCCCGGUACGAAGACCGGGGCCUCACUGCGGUGACAGUCAGUGUUGGCCUUCUGACGAUGCACGGCGCGCUGGAGGUGAACGUGGGCAGCGUCCCACGUCUCCUUCGCGCGCCGAAACCAGUCAUCCACCGCAGGAGCCUCGGUCUGGCUCUGGUGCCACGGUGCCAGAACCGGUUGGUAACCUAAAACACAUUGAAAAAGCGUUAGGUUAGUAGAGGAGUGGCAGAGAGAGUUCUGGGCAUAUUCUGCCCAUGGCAAGAACACCGACCACUCCCCCGGCCGGUCCUGGCAGUAGGACCGCAGGAACCUACCCACAUCCUGAUUUACCCGUUCCACCUGCCCAUUUGACUCGGAGUGGAACCCAGAGGUCAGGCUGACCGAGACCCCCAGACUUCCAUGAACACCUUCCAAACCUUGGACGUGAACUGGGGACCUCGGUCGGACACUAUAUCCUCUGGCACCCCGAAGUGCCGGAAGACGUUAGUAAACAGGUCCUCCGCAGUCUGCAGGGCCGUGGGGAGACUGGGCAGAGGAAGGAGGAGGCAGGACUUGGAAAAGCGGUCCACAACGACCAGGAUGGUGGUGUUACCUUGGGAGAGGGGAAGAUCAGUCAGGAAAUCAACACUUAGGUGAGACCAUGGUCGUAGUGGAACUGGUAAGGGUUGUAACUUACCCGCUGGGAGGUGCCUAGGUGCCUUACUCUGGGCGCACACCGAGCAGGAGGAGACGUACACCCUCACGUCCUUAGCCAAGGUAGGCCACCAGUACUUUCCAAUCAGACAGCACACUGUACGACCGAUACCUGGGUGACCAGAGGAUGGUGACGUGGGUGCCGAGAAGAUCAGACGAUCAGGGAUAAGAGCAGGCACAUACCGCAGCCCAGCUGGACACUUGAGGUGGAGAUGGAUCUGUGCGUAAUGCCUGCUCUAUAUCCGCGUCCAUCGCCCAUACUACCGGCGCCACAAUGAAGGUGGCCGGGAGUAUGGGGGUGUUGUCUCUGGGCCUCUCCUCUUUGUCAUACAGCCGGGACAGUGCGUAUGCCUUCACGUUCUUCGUACCCGGAAUGUAUGACAGUGUAAAAUCAAACCGGGUGAAGAAUAGGUCCCACCUGGCCUGGCGAGGAUUCAGCCUCCUUGCUGCCUGGAUGUACUCCAGGUUACGGUGGUCCGUCCAGAUGAGGAAAGGGUGUUUCACCCCUUCAAGCCAAUGCCUCCACACAGUCAAAGCUUGGACAACAGCCAACAGCUCCCGAUCACCAACGUUGUAGUUCUGCUCCGACGGGCUGAGCUUCUUAGAGAAGAAGGCACAGGGGCGGAGCUUGGGUGGCGUGCCUGAGUUUUGGGAUAGGACAGCACCUAUCCCUACCUCGGACGCAUCUACCUCCACUACAAACAGUAGUGAUGGAUGGGGGUGGGCCAGUACCGGGGCUGAGGUGAACAGACCCCGCAGUUUGCUGAAGGCCAGGUCAGCCUCAGCAGACCAGCGGAGCCGGGACGGCCCACCCUUCAACAGGGAUGUAAUGGGAGCUGUGAUCUUGCCAAAGCCCCGGAUAAACCUCCGAUAGUAGUUGGCGAAGCCAAGGAAGAGCUGCACAUCCUUAACCGUGGUUGGAGUCGGCCAAUUACGCAUGGCUGAAAUGCGAUCUCCCUCCAUCUCCACACCUGAGGUGGUAAUGCGGUAUCUGAGGAAGGAGACAGCCUGCUGGAAAAAACAUACACUUCUCUGCCUUGGCAUGAAGGUCAUUUUCCAACAGUUGGGCCAGCACUUUGCGAACCAGGGACACAUGCUCGGCGCGCGUAGCGGAAUACACCAGAAUGUCAUCGAUGUAGACCACUACACCGCGACAAAGCAUAUCCCGAAACACCUCGUUCACAAUGGACUGGAAGACGGAUGGAGCAUUCAUCAAACCGUAGGGCAUCACCAGGUAUUCAUAAUGCCCCGUGGUUGUGCUGAAUGCUGUCUUCCACUCAUCACCCUCCCGAACAAUCACCAGGUUGUAUGCACUCCUGAGAUCUAAUUUGGUGAAGAAGCGCACCCCAUGCAUUGACUCAAUCACUGAAGGAAUGAGGGGGAGAGGAUAACUAAAUCUUAUAGUCUCCUUGCUCAGUGAUCAAUAAUCAAUGCACGGGCGCAGACCGCCGUCUUUCUUCUUCACAAAGAAGAAUCUCGAGGAGGUGGGUGAAGUGGAGGGACGUAUAAACCCCUGGCCCAGGGACUCGGUGAUGUAUGUUUCCAUAACCUCCGUUUCAGCCUGCGACAGGGGGUACACAUGACUCCUGGGAGGUACACGUCUACCCGAAGGUUUAUCGCGCAAUCCCCUGCCCGAUGAGGUGGUAAUUUUGUCGCCUGUGUCUUAGAAAACGUGUGCGCCAGAUCAGGGGAAUGCGUACGGUGGAGGUACCGUCUGGACUUUCCACCGUGGUUGCACCAACGGAAACACCUAGACACCUACCCUGACGCUCUCGCUACCACCCCGUGAGAACCCUCUGCGGCCAUGAGAAGGUGGGGUUGUGGAGUGCUAGCCAAGGGAUACCUAAUACCACAGUGAAAGCAGGAGACUCAAUAAUCGAAAAAGUUACCUGCUCACAAUGAGUCUCCUGGGUGAUCAUGGUGACUGGUACAGGGACUUCCUUUACAAACCCGGACCCUAAUGGUCAACUAUCAAGUGAGCUGAUGGGGAGUGGAAUGGAUAGGGGAACCAAUGAAAUGCCUUGACUGCGUGAGAAUGCCCUGUCCGUAAAGUUCCCAGCCGCGCCUGAAUCGACUAGCGCCUUACUCUGGGGAACUGCCAUGUGAUCGGGAAAGUGGAUAGGUAGGGUACAGUGCGCAGCAGAGAGCUCUGAAUGAGUGUGGGUGUUCAAUACCUGGGGUGAUGCGAGAGUGCCCUGCCUGCCGCCUCCAGGCCCAAAAGAGCGUUUACUACGACGUGUGGUGUACUGUCCCUUCGUGCCACCAGAGUGGCACUAUCGCUGUCGUCCUCCACUCUCUCGGAUGGCGGCUCCACCCAGCUCCAUCAGCUCUUGAUCCAAGUCAUCCGGGGUGGAAAUGGGCAGACCCCUACCAGGAUGUCCUCUGGCUGCCUGCAGGUUGUCCAAACGGAUGGCCAUGUCCACCAGUUUCGUGAAAGACAACAUGUUGUCCUGGCAGGCUAGCUCUUGUCGGACUUCCUCCCGCAGAUGGCACCGGAAAUGGUAGAUCAGGGCCUGCACGUUCCACCAGGACCCCGCUGCCAGAGUCCGAAACUCCAACGCGAAGUCCUGCGCAGUCCUCGUCCCCUGCCUCAGGUGGACCAGCCGCUUGCCCGCCUCUCGACCCUCGGGCGGGUGAUUGAAGACCGCCCAAAAGAGGCAAGCCAACUCCCCGUAGUCCUCACACGCGGCUCCUCCUUUGUUCCAAACCACGUUGGCCCACUCCAGGGCUUUCCCCGAGAGGCAGCAAACGAGGACGGACACAUUCUCCCGCUCCGAUGGCGCCGGCCUGAUGCUGGAGAAGUAAAGCUCCAGUUGGAGGAGGAAUCCUUGGCAGAGCGCCGCCGUCCCGUCGAACGCUCGUGGUCGGGAUAUCUGGAUCCCUCCGGGUGCUGGGGUGUAGGUGGCUGGAUCCGGUUGGCCAGCUGGUCUCGACAGAUCUAGUCCUCUCCUCUCCAGGCAUUGGACGACCUGAAGAACCCGAUCUAUCACUUCCCCCAAGCUGGCCAGCAUUGUGGAAUGCUCCUGGACCAUGCCACGACUCCAGGCAUGCACUCAUCUCCCGCUGACUCCAUAGCGGGUGGGUGAAUCUGUGAUGAGUGUGAUAGGAGUCAGUUGCAGGAGGGUAAUCACCGAAUGCAGAGUUUAUUCAGUCGUACACAAAUAGCGCUGGAUAGCGACAAGCAAAACAGGCACAGGGGAAAAUCUACCCUGGCAAUACAAGGUAACGAUAGCUCCAACAAUAACAGGCACAGGGGAAAUAUCUACCCCGGCAAUAAUAAGGUAUGAGUAGCUCCACCGAGCUACACUACUCUCACAAAUAAACAAUCACCCACAAGGACAGGGGGGGCAGAGGGAACACUUAUACACGGACUAAUGAGGGGAUAAGAACCAGGUGUGUGUGAUUGACAAGACAAGACAAAUGGAAGGAUGAAUAAUGGAGCGGCAGUGGCUAGUAAGCCGGUGACGACGAACGCCGAAACCUGCCCGAACAAGGAGGGGAGGCAGCCUCAGCAGAAGACGUGACAGAUUCGGUCUUAUGUAGCAAAAUUUGAAAUUGUGUUUUUUUACAUUGGAUAAAAGUAGAGACUCGGAGCUAGAAAAUUGUAUAUCAUACACUACAGUUGAGGAAAUUUGAUCUGGAGUGCCAGAGUGUGCUCAGAUCAAAGCGUUUCACUCUCGGAGCGUUCAGAGUGCACACUGGACGCUCUGGCCAAGGAGUAGGAUUGAUCCGAGCGUUCUGACCUAACAACAGCACUCAAGCACCCAAGCUAACUGGCUAUAACGUUGGCUAGCUUGCUAGCUAAUUCCAGACACAAAUGAGGGAACAGCUCACUCUGACCAUUUUACUCGCCCUAGCAGAGCUGGUUAGGCUGUUUUUAUGUUAUCCAGAACGUUGGUGACUGCAACUAUGCUGCUGGCAACAAUUUAAUUACGCUUUUUUUCCAACGUUUACUGACACCGGCCAUAUUCAACGGGUGUUGAGCGUUCGUAAAUUCAUCAGUUAUUCUGAAUUUACCAGCUACGUCUAUCGACAGUUGUCGAAGUGACAUCAUGAACAUUCUAUUGAAAUGGUUACUUGCAUAGUUGAGUCUUUUGUUUAGACAUGUUCUAGCUAG